CUUGUCGUGUAAUGUACACAAAAGAUCGGUUAACAAGAUGGCGGACCACUUUGACGAGAAAAGUGGAACUGUCCCUUCGAAAACUCCAUGGGGGAAUUGGGCACAGACGAUUGAUGAAGUUUUCAUCGAGGUCAUUGUACCAAAAGGAACCAGAGGGAGAGAAAUCGUGUGUGAUAUCAGUCCAAAAAACAUAAAGUUUAGCUUAAAAGGACAAGAAUUUUUCAAGGGAGAACUCUAUGGGACAGUUUUAGCUGAUGAAAGCACUUGGACAUUGGAGGACAAUGAACUUGUAAGAAUAAUUCUGGUGAAAUCUAGCAGAGAUGCAGCUAGUGGCUGGAAAUCAUUGUUGGUCAGUGAAUAUUCUGCUGACCCAUGGACUUUCAAUGAAAUGGAAAAGAAGCUAACAUUAGAAAGAUUCCAGAAAGAGAAUCCUGGAUUUGACUUCAGCAAAGCUAAUAUAACAGGAAACUAUUCUGGUGGAGGUCCAAAGUUUCCAAGCUGAGAGAAAACUUAA